UACCGAAGAGGCUGUCGGGCAGAGAAUAUCAGCCUAAGUUGGCUUGAUUUCUUGAUUUUUUUUCACGUAACAAUUAUUGAUCACAUUCAAAGUUACUAUUAUCGGUGCUCUUAGAAAAUAAAAUUCAAUAGCAGGAAUCGCAAUAAUUACCCUGACAAUAUCUAGAUGUUGGAAAUCGUGAGCUGAAAACUUGUUAUUUAGGUAGUACCCAGCCGUCGUCAGUGUAGUGGUGUUCGUUUGCGAAUGUAAUGUAUGUGGAAGUAUUGUGAAUGCUGAUAACAAAAGAAAUAAUUUAACCCGACAUCCGAGAAAACUAGAAUAGUGGAAUAUUGUGUAUCAUUCCAGCUAUUGUUCCUAGCAUCAACAAUUUUCAAAAUUGGAGACAUCUCAGACAUGAGCUUCCUAUUUGGAGGCCGUUCAUCUAAAACUUUUAAACCAAAGAAAAAUAUUCCUGAAGGGACUCAUCAGUAUGACCUAAUGAAAUAUGCUGCUGCCACGCUUGGGUCAGGAAAUUUGCGACUGGCUGUUCUGCUUCCAGAGGGCGAAGACCUGAACGAAUGGGUUGCAGUGAACACUGUUGACUUUUUCAACCAAAUAAAUGUGCUCUAUGGCACUAUCACUGAGUUUUGCACUGAGGAGGUAUGCCCUAUCAUGUCAGCCGGGCCCAAGUAUGAGUAUCAUUGGGCGGAUGGACAUACUUUCAAAAAACCUAUCAAAUGUUCUGCACCUAAAUAUGUGGAUUAUCUUAUGACAUGGGUUCAAGACCAGUUGGAUGAUGAAACUAUUUUUCCGUCCAAAAUAGGUGUCCCAUUUCCAAAAAAUUUUCUUUCAAUAGCCAAAACAAUUCUCAAGCGGCUGUUCAGGGUUUAUGCACAUCUGUACCAUCAACAUUUCUCAGAAGUGGUACAGUUAGGGGAAGAGGCCCAUCUUAAUACAUCUUUCAAACACUUUAUCUUCUUUGUGCAAGAAUUCAAUCUUAUUGACAGAAGAGAACUUGCUCCUCUUCAAGAAUUAAGUGAAAAAUUCACUGCAGGGGAGCGAUGAGACUCAUAUUUAGACAAGUGAUAUCAGAUGGGAGCUUGCUAUUCUGAUCUCAUGUAGUUAGAUUUGCAUUGGGUUGCUUUAAUGUGUCUUGUUUUAGCCGUGAUGUGCACUGCCUCUUUUUGUUUCCAAGAAAUUGUGCUGCCUUAAAGAUUUGGAAAGAUAGAUUCAAUUGUAUUUGUUUAUUAUAGCCAGUUUGUAAAUCUGUAUUCUAAUAUAUGUCUUUUUAUGAACAUGGUAAAUACAGGAAGACUGCGUAAGACCAACUUUUUAUACAAAACUAAAACUUAAUCCAUCCUAGUUUUUUGGAUGAUGUCGUAGUUUUUUGAAUUGAAAUUUGAUAGAUAUAUUUGUGGUGAGGCUAAAUAAUCAACUUAAAGCAACUAUUCUUUGUUGAUUUACCAACAUGUGAGAAUGAUAUGUUUGUCUACCACUAUUACCCAAAGAAUGAAUAAAGUAACUUUCUAUUAUUUUGUUGCAAUGAAAUUUUAGGGUUAAAGUCACAUUGGUGCAAUAAUUGUAAUGUUGCCUCAAAUAUUCAGAGUUGCUAUGAUGUCCAUUUCUUAAAUUUUGACUACCAAAGCAGUAACUCAUAGAUGAUAGUUAAAGAUAUUGUAAUUUUUGUCUGUUAACUGUAUAGUUUAUAUCUUACGAGCUAUGAGAAAAGCUUUCAUGCCCAAGUAAGAAACUUAUCGACUAUUAGACUUAUUAUUAUCUUUCUAAUUCUUACUGUGACUAAAGAAGUCAUAGGAACAGUGUGAGUUAGAGGGAUGUAUUGUUUAGCUGGAAGCACUUUUGUUUUGUAAACUGUUACUUGCAAACAUUCAAUCAAAAGAAUGUGCUCAUACCCUUGUAAAUAUGUAUAAUUCUAAUUCUCUUUGAAUGACUAGGUGUGUGUUUGGAUGUGCAUAUAUGAGUCUUAUUAUUUAUAGUUGUAUAAUUAGGCUGUUGCGAGAUACAUAAUGUCAGUAUAUCAGGGAUCCUAAAUUUGUUUUACUGGUGUUGUUUGUUUUUGCCUUUCAAAAUAAGUGAGACCCUCCUUGGGUUUUGUUUUGGACAAGUUACAAUAUUUCUUAUGCCAUAUUUGUUGUUAAUUCCCACAUUGAUAGUAAUUUUUGUUUCAAAUUAUUUCUGUAUUCUAUGAACUAUGUCCUCUGCACCCUCAGGUUGCUUGACACACCACAAAGUGGUUAUAAUGAGGUUUUAGAACAAUCAAAAGGCUAUCAAUCACCUCAAACACAAGUAACUAAGUCUAUGUAUGUAGUGCAAUUUUCAAGAUGCAUAUCACUCUUUCCAUGCAUUUCUGUCACAGCUUCUUGAUUAUCUUUUUUUCCAUGUCAUUCGUUAUUUGUUAUGAGAAAUAGAUCAGGUAGUAAAUGAUGUGCUUUCUCACCUAUAAAUGCCAGUUUCUCACAAAUCUUUUGUCAAAGUCUAUGAUUUGUGCUCAUUUUUUAAAUUUAUUUUUUGACAGUUCUUAAAAUCCAAUGAUUGUAGGCAUAGGAAUUCAUUAAUUACUGUAGGAAAGUAUUUUUUAGGGCACUGCUUUGGCUUAAGGUGCAGACUCAUCAAGAAUAUACCAUUAGACUGUUGUUUGAUAAAUUGUGUACUUUUGACAAAUCUUUUGGAAAAUUACAACAACAAAAAAAACAAAAAAAAGUAAUUGGACUUGGGAACCAUAUUCUUACCUUAAAUGUGAUAAAGCCUGUUGGUGAGACAAGGGUUUGGAACUGGCUUGUGAUUUUUAACAAACUCAAAGUGGUAGUAGGAACUGUAGAAACCUUCGCACUGCUAAGACUUUGUUGAGUAUUUUGAAUUGUAAUUGUCAGCAAACAUUUCCAUUUAAUAAAUUCCUUCUUUCUUCUGA